UGUCUAUGAUAUUUCGAAGGAAAAGUCUUUCAAAAAGAUUCCUGAGUGGAUACAAAUGACAAAGAAAAAGAAGCUUCAAGAUGUCAAUGAAAAUUCAGCGACUUGUUCUUCAACAGAGGAUGAUGACCCGCUCUUGAUGUUAGUAGGAAAUAAAACAGACCUUUCAGCAACUGAUAUUCGAUGGAGCAGUGAAAAUGACAGCGACGAAACCAAAGAAAUUAAACGUUCUGUGACAGAACAUCAACUUAGAAAGACGGCAGCUGCAAACAACAUAAGUAUGUACAAAGAAGUCAGUGCUAAAGCUGAUAUAAACAUAGAUCUGACAUUUAAAUCAGUGGUGGAAAAACUUAUAGAACUGAGAGGAACGUCUAACAGUAAAGUAUUGAAAGGAAAUAUGAAAGAAUCAAAGUCAUGGCAUAAAUUUUGUGACAUUUUGUGA